AUGCGGAUUGGACUUACGCCUUUAUUGGUCGCUGCUGACAAUGGACACCUGACAGUUGUCCAGUACCUAAUCGGAGUUGGCUGUAUUAAAGAAACUAGAUCAUAUGAUGGAGAAACGGUAUUACAUUGUGCGGCUCAGGGUGGACAUUUACAGGUCACCAAAUGGCUGAUAACAGAAGGAGGAAUCAGUCCCUUGGUUGUGACACAUCAGAAUGAAACUCCUUAUGAUCUGGCAGCAAUAGAAUAUAGUGAUGAUGAUGCACAGAUAAAACAAGGAAAGAAAGAAAUAAUGGACUUUCUCAAGAGUGUCAUGUCAACAGAGAAGCAAAACGUCAGCUCAAAAACACCUCAGCAAAAAGGUCUUUUACCAAUCCCCACAGAUGCUAAGAGCUGUGUCAUUAAUAAUGGUAAUAUGUCCCAAUUUUUCAACCUUGAGAGAGGCUGUCGCCAGGGGGACACGUUGUCUCCCUAUUUGUUUAUUAUUGGGGUGGAAUUACUUGCCAUACAGCUAAAAGGGAAUCCAAAAAUAAAAGGGGUGAAUAUAAAUGGGAAUCUGCCACUCAUUAGUCAGUAUGCAGAUGAUACGUUUCUUACACUGGAUGGACGUGAAGAUUCAUUAAAAGAGACCCUUUCUUGUUUUGAAAAAUUUCACAGAGUCUCAGGAUUAAAGAUAAAUACAACUAAAACAAAAGUUGUUUGGAUUGGAAGCCUGAGAGAAGAAAUACAGGUAUUUUCUGAUAAGGAAUUUAAAGGUCGGUUAAUGAGCGGGGCGUACAGGUGCUACUGGAACAGAAUUUUUUUGACUGGUCCAUUUGGUGUCGGUAAAACGAGUUUAGCGAAAAUUUUGGUUGGUGACGAGGCUCCAGAGGAACGGGAAUCUACAGAUGGUAUCUGGAUUUACCUUGGAAGGGCUGGAAUGGACAUAAAAGAACGUUGUUGGAUAUUCCUAAAGCAUGGAACCAUAUUGAACGCAACAGUUCAAAGUUUGCUUAGAAGUAAAGAAAUGACAGCUGUUAAAUCAGUUAAUGAUACAGAAGAUCCAGGUACAGUUAAACAAAGCGAGGCUGCAGUAAAGCAUAGCGGGAACUUGUCGAAUCCAGGUGCUCUUAAAUCUCAGGACAAUAUUCAACAGGCUGUCAAAAAGAAGUCAAAGUUCAAAGCUUUUCUCGAUCUCCCAAAUCGAAUACAGAAAGCAUUUAAAGGUAAAACGCCCUCACAUAUCAAAACUGCAGAUGAUAGAUGUGCAAAGAUGGACAAAACGAAGCGAGACGAAAACUUGACUGGCAUUGAUAUGUCAGAAGAGGAAAUAAUUAAGUUUGUCCGUUCUCAGUGUACUCUAGGGCAGUACGAAAUGGUGAUAGUACCUAUAGACUUGUGGGAUUUUGGUGGUCAGAAAAUCUACCAUUUGACUCACCAACUGUUCAUUACAAGUAGGGGUACAUUUCUGUUGAUCUUUAACGGCAGCAGAGGUGUACAUGAAGACAUACCAGAUUAUACCGAACUUCCCGGAUGUCAGGGGCAAAGAAACACAGCAGUAUAUCUAAUCCAUUGGGUCAAUUCCGUUCUCACGUAUUGCAAGACUUUUGUGGAAAAUAAAGAGUACCCGAAAAUUUUAUGUGUGGCAACCCACAAAGAUCUAGUCAAAGGUGAUGUUGAAGAACAGAGAACUUCAUUAGAAAACUCAAUCGAGAAACUCUUUCAAAACCAUGGAGGAAAAAAACAUCUUCAAUACAAACCACUUAUCUUUGUUAAUGCAAGAAACAAGGAGGACGAAGAAAUAGCCACAUUAAAGAAACAGUUGGUAGACGUUGCAUUAGACCAUCCCCGCUGUGGGGAACUGAUGCCUACCAAGUUUGUACCCCUGGAACUUCAACUAGCAAGAAAAGUAGAGGAAAACAAGAAAAUACUUACAAUGGAUGAAUUGAAUGACAUAAACAAGCAAAACGACAAAAUAGCCUUAACCUCUGCUCAGCUUAAAUCGUUUCUAAAGGUUAACCAUGCUCUGGGAAAACUGAUCUACUUUGAUGAAGCUGGCCUGAGAGACAACGUUAUAAUUGAUCCUGUGUUUUUGGUGGAUGUACUACGUUCUAUUGUCACUGAUGAGCAGUUUUGGCCACAGCACCUCAAAGAAAUCUUCAAAUCUAUAAAAGAAAGCGGGAAAUUGUUAAAACAGGACUUAUAUGAAAUAUGGAAGCAAGACUGUUUCCGUGAGAUCUCAACACAUAAAGAUUACAUAGUAGACAUGUUAGUUCAUUUGGACGUAAUAUGUAGACCAAAAGACGAUGAAGAUGGAUCAGACUUGUUCUUGGUGCCAUGUAUGAUAAGUACCAAACGAGAAGACAGCCAACAGAUAGAUAAUGACAGAAGCAUCCGUCUGGCUUAUAGAUUUAAGGAGGAGGUAGUACCACCUGCUGUUUUGUACAGAUUCAUUGCCACCUUCAUAUCAAUAUGGAAGUUACGCGUUAAUGCCAAAUCCAGUCGGCUGAUGAUCUUUACAGACAGUGCUGAUGUAAAAAUAGACGGGGACCAUGAUAUGAGAUUUGACAUUCAGGGAAACCGAUUCAUAGUUACGCUUUCGCAUAAAGAAAAGAACAUCUCCAUUGUACCAUCCAUUGCAUCUACAGCACAGGAAUGCCUUACACAUGCCAUCACAAACAUUUCCAAUUUCUAUUUCUCAGUUUCAGAGGAUUCUACUUGUAAUAGAGAUUUACCGUUUACCAUUCAGAUUGGUAUUCCUUGUGGAACAGAUCUUUGCUUUUUUGACCACACAUUGUCAUCAAAGAAAGAAUGGAAAUGCCCGGAUCACAAUAUAAAACACAAAACUAAUAUUGUGUCUAUCUGGUUUGCAGACAAGUUACCUACAAAGGACGACAGAUGCCCACGGGAUUGUUCUGGCUUAGACAAGGUAUGGUUAGACCGCCAGCCUGAUGACAAACACCUUGGAAGAUUAGCAUCUAAACUAACACACGAAGACACAAGGACAAUAUAUAUGUUGAUAAAGGAAAAAGAACCAGCCCUGCAAUGGGACAUUAUUAACGAAUCAAACAAGCGAGAAGGGUUUAAUAUAAAACUUAACGCGCUAUAUGAUUGGAAGAAGAGUUCUAAAUAUGCUUCAUUUAAGCAGCUACAGAAAAGUUUGGAAGAGGCAAAAAUUGACAUUCACAAACUAUGCCAGAUAUCAAGAGAAUUUCAAAAAGAGUUAGACCAACCAAGAGACAAGUUAUUUCUUAGACCAUCAGGUUUAAAUGUACAGCAACUGCCUGACCAUAUCGGUAGUCAAACUUUCCAGCUUGGAAUAGAACUGGGACUUUCUGUUGUUGAGAUGCAAAAGAUUGAAAGCAAUCAUGUGACCAAUCUUCAUGGUCAAACAGAAGAGGUUCUCAAACAAUGGAUUAAGAUUCCAGAAGCUACAUUUGAAGCUUUAGGGAAGGCUCUUCAUCGCCUUGAAUUGUCUAGUGUUUUGUCAUACUUAACUUACGAUGAAGAAAUAGGGGAACAAAUGGAAAUAGAAAUAGAGGAACAUGUUAGAGGUGGUGCAAUUAGAUAUAAUAUCUCAUUUUUAGAUAUCAUUGUACAUGUAUUGUACUUACUCUUCAGUAUUUUGACAAAUGAAUUGAUGUGCAAUAUAAUAACAUUCUUUUUUUGUGAUUCAUGCAUCCGCUAACUGGCUGUGGUAUCAAUGCUAAGAUUAGUUUCAACUAUGUUUGGCUUAUACACUCAUACCUUAUUACAACGUGUAGUCUAUAAAUAACCGAGUCGAGAGAAAAAUAUCCAACUUCAUAUACAAAAGAAAAUUCAUAACAAAAGUAAAAAAAAAAUCAUAUCACAACAAAUACUUCUACAUUUUCUAUUGCGAAAUAUUACACGAAAACAAAUACAUAUGUUUACA